AUGUUGGUGAUUCAUAACGGUAUCAGAAGGUUGAAUGAGUAUUUACCAUCAACAAACCAUUGGUUGAUCUUGUUGGCCUCAAUUCCCGUUGCUUUAGCCUCCGGAACGCUAUUUGUUUACUCGGUAUACGGGACCCAGUUAGCUGAAAAAUGCCAUCUUAACUCGACUCAGGCUUCAAAUUUGAAUAUCAGUGCUACCAUUGGAACCGCAUUGGGUGGUUGUAUUCUGGGGGUCAUCACUGAUUACUAUGGUACCCAAAUUCCAAUUUUGGCUAGUUUUUUAUCCUUAUCAAUUGGUUAUAAAUUACUUCAUUAUGAAUUUAAUUUAGGGGUUGAUUCAAGUAUCGGGUUACUUUUAUUUGCUAUGUUUUUGAUUGGUAAUGGUUCGGUUUCUGGUUACUUCAGCUCGUUGAAAGCAGUUGCAAUUUAUUUCCCAAAUUAUAAAGCCACUGCUCAAAGUAUCACCAUUGCUUCAUUUGCCAUUUCGAGUUUAAUAUUCCUGUUUAUCUGUUCUAAAAUAUUUAAAGCUGAUGUUUCCAAAUUUCUUUAUUUUUUAUUUGUUUCAUCUGGGUUUAUGUACUUACUAGGAUUUAUCUUUAUUAGAAUAGACGGGAUCAUUGAUCAAUCUCCUAAACCAAUAUCGUCUAAUCAAGCUGAACCUGAACCAAUUGAAGAGCAACCGCUACUCAGUAUCCCUUCUAAACCUAGUUCAAAUCUCCAUGAUUUAUCUUUAAAAGAAUCGUUAUUACAUCCAAUUUUUUGGAUCCAUUACUUAAUCUUAUCGAUUAUUCAAGGUUUGGGUCAAAUGUAUAUUUAUGGCGUUGGUUAUGUCAUUAAAGCAAUUCAUUUCCACUAUACUUAUUAUCAUAAUGAUCCUUCCUAUCAACCUUCGUUAAUUGAAUUACAAGCAUUGCAUGUUUCUUUGAUUGCAAUCACUUCUUUCAUAGGUAGGUUAACCCUGGGCCCACAAGCUGAUUUCUUGGUUAAUAAAUUGAAAUAUCAACGUCAUUGGAUUUUGAUUUUGGGACUAAUCAUAAUGCUAUCCGGUCAUUUCUUGUUAACUCUUCUGACUGAUUUAAUUUCAGAAAAUCUAUACCACGUUAAUAUCCUUUUGUCAAUCUCCUCUUGUUUGAUUGGUUAUGCUUAUGGUUUUAGUUUCACUUGUUAUCCUUCAAUUAUUUCUGAUCUUUUCAAUAUGCAAAAUUAUAGUUUCCUUUGGGGGGUCAUGUAUACAAGUACUACUUUUGGUUUAACCAUAAUGACAAAGAUAUUUGGAAUCAUUUACGAUUCAAAUAGUAACCAGUAUGAUGAUAAUACUCAUGAGUACUUUUGUGAUAAAGGAUCAGGAUGCUAUAAUCUUACUUUCAAAAUAACUAGUUCAUUUUGUUUAUUAGCAGGAUCUAUUAUUUUACUGUACAUUUUCUAUAGAAGAACUCAUACAUAG